AGAUCUUGCUGGCUGAAUUAAUAAACUUGUUUCACAACAUCUUACAUUUGGGAUUACCAAAGAUAUGUUAUUACAGAUAAGAUAUGUGUCUCCAGAUAUUAAUUGUCAAUCAAAUUCGACAUCACAGCAAUUAACAAUUGUAUCCUACUUAUAUCAAAUUACCGAUACGGACAAUACUGCUGUGACACUGGACAGCUUAUAUCAGUAUGGCUUUCUAUAAAGUACAAGAGCCGAAUUUCAACUUAUUUUUUAAGUAAUUGGAAAACGACUUUCUAUCGUUAUGGUACAGUAAGCUUCCAAUGAUUGAUUGAGUAAUAUUAAAUUUUUUGUGCUAUCAUACAUCUGAUCGUAAAUAUUUAUUAGCUAUAUAUCCGAAGAUAUCAAGGCAUCAAUUUAUAAGAACAACUUCAAUCACUUCCUCUAACAUUGUGAAAGAAUUUUGGAUAUGUCAGCUCAUCCCUUCAAACAGGUCGAUGUAUUUUCUAAAGGCGGGUUCAAUGGAAAUCCGGUAGCAGUCGUUUUCAACGCUGACGACUUAUCAACAGAUCAGAUGCAAAAGUUUGCUGUUUGGACAAAUCUCUCAGAGACUACAUUUGUACUCAAACCAACUAUUCCUGAAGCUCAUUACAAACUUCGUAUUUUCACACCAAAAAAAGAGUUACCUUUCGCAGGACAUCCUACGAUAGGUUCAUGUUAUGCUGUCAUAGAAAGCGGUGUUUGUCUGCCAAAAAAUGGAAAAGUUAUACAGGAAUGUGAGGCUGGUUUAAUUAACAUUACUCUUCAUCGAGAAGAUAGUGGCGAUGUUUGGUACGCUUUCGAAUUAACAGAGUUUACGUCUUCGGAAGUUUCAGACGAAGUAGCUAUCGCCAUAUUAAACUGUCUUUUCAAUGCUAACGGUCAAAUCCAAGAAAGGAAAUGGAACCCCAUUUUCAUCAAUGUUGGUCCUAUAUGGCUUACCAUUCAACUCGAUUCUGCACAUCAGGUUUUAAAUUUAUAUCCUGACUAUGGCAUGAUGGCUAAUCUUUCUGAGCAAUAUGGGUUCACCGGAGUUUAUGUCUUUGGAAAGCAUGAUGAUAUGCAUAUAGAAUCGAGAGCUUUUGCUCCAGCAAUCAAUGUCGUUGAAGAUCCUGCUUGCGGCAGUGGUGCCGCUGCCUGUGGAAUUUAUGUUUAUCUUUCUAACAAUAAAUUGGGAAGAGAUUUUGAUGGAAAUCUAAGCAUUUCUCAAGGAUGCAAAGUUGGCCGCGCAGCAAAUUUGAAUGUAGUAACUUCAUUAAAUACUAAUGGUUCAUUAAAGGUCAAGGUAGGUGGAUCCGCUUCAACAUGCAUCGAAGGAUCUGUCAAUAUUUAGUACAAUUCCUACAAUCUCAGCCAAAGGUUUGCAUGAUUAAUGAAGCUGCUAUAAACAAUGUUAAUAUGAUAAUAUGUUUUAUGUAUUAAAAUAACAAUUAUAAUUAUUGGAA